CGACCCCAACACUUCCCGUCAUGGGGUGUUUAUUACACUGCUGCCAGUGUCACAUAUCGGGUCAGUGUUUUGAAGAUCACUAAUCGUAACAUAUAUAUAGAGAGAGCCUCGGGAGUCCAUUCGGCGGCUACUUUUCAAGGAAUCGCUAUGUUGUUCCUGGUUUUCUCGACAAUUCUCGUCGUGGGAUUCGCAGCAGACCCUCUUGAGCCGCUGGGUGCAGACGGGACCCAGGUGUCUGUGUCCGGGCUGUCGGCUGGGGCGUGUUUCGCUACUCAGUACCACGUGGCUCACUCAGCUGAGGUGGUGGGGCUGGGCUUCAUCGCCGGCGCGCCGUACUGGUGUGCCCAGGGGAGCCUGACCACGGCCCUGGGCGCCUGUAUGAGCAGUCCGGCCGGGAUCUCAGUGUCCACCCUGGUGUCCAAGACUAACAGUGAGCCGGACAUCGACGACCCGUCCAACAUGCGGGGUGACCGGGUCUGGCUGUUCGGCGGGACACGGGACACUACUGUCAACCUGGGCUCCGUUCAGAAGACAGAAGAGUAUUACCAGUCCUUCACAGACGCGGCAGACAUCUUCUCCAAGUACGACAUGGAUGCGGUGCAUGGAUUCCCGACAGAAGACCACGGCCCGUCCUGUGGCACGACAGCGUCAGACUUCAUCAACGACUGUGACUAUAACGCCGCGUUCGAGCUUCUCAACCACAUCUACGGAGGGUUGACGAGGCCGACCCCUGGUAGUGAUGUCGCUAGCAGGGGAGAGCUGAAAACCUUCGACCAGAACGAGUUCAUCCACGACAGCGGGUCCUCGGGGUUGUUCGGCCUGCCGAUAGUCGGGAAGCGGCAGCUGCUGUCCAGCUGGACGGACUACCUGCAGGCCUCCGCUAACCUGUACUGGGACACCCUGGGCGCCAUCACCGACUUCUGGACCGGCUGGCUGCCGGACUUCGGGACCGGAGACAUCGAUACCAGUCUGCCGGACUGGACUUCGGUGCUACCUGGUAUGGGCGGUGGCGACACUGGUGGUACAGAUCCUGGAACUGAUGGCACCGAUACUGGAACAGGAGGGACCUCUAGCGGAACCGGAGGGUACAGCAUGGACUCUGAAGGUUUCGUGUAUAUCCCCUCGGGAUGCAGGGGCCCUGACGCAAAAUGCAAGGUGCACGUGGCGUUCCAUGGGUGUAAGCAGGGAAGGAACGCCAUCGGGGAUACCUACGCAAGGCACACUGGGUACCUGGAGGUGGGAGAACUGAACAACAUCAUCGUCCUCUUCCCUCAAGUCGUGCCGGACUACAUCAAGGGGAACCCCAACGGCUGCUUCGACUGGUGGGGAUACGAAGAUGCCAAUUAUGCCACUAAGAACGGCCACCAAAUCUCGGCUGUGUACGCGAUGGUUCAGCGCUUGCUGCAGUAACGAGCAAGGUCGCUAGGGGACCCGUCAACUUGCCAAUCAACCGAAUAAACCGUUUGGUCCAUGCAAUGAUGAAAAAUGCUCUCCAGUCAAGA